GCCGCCUACAGGAUGCCGGGCCCGGCCUGAGAGAGCUGAGGGGGGGGCGGGGGUGGGGAAGCUCCUUCUCUCUUCCUGGUUCCUGCCCCACGUCACGGGGUCUCCUCCAGGUUAGCCCCGGAGAGAGAGCGAGUGAGGGGAGAGAGAGAGGCGCUGCGAAACAUGGUAAUCAUCAUCAGCAGCAGCAGCAGCGCCAUCGCCUCCCGCGUCUCCUCUGCUCCUCCGCGCCGGGGCUUGCGUUUCAUGCCCCGCGCGCCAGAAAUAACCCCGAGCCAGCAUGCCGACUGGAGAAAAACAAGAAGAGCGGUAUUUUUAGCCUCAUUAAUUUGCAGCACGUGGUCUGAAGGUAAACCGGAUGGCCGGAGCUCACAGGCUCCUCGUCAGUAUGUCCUGCACGUCGGGCCGGACGCUGACCGCCGCGGCGCUGCUCCUCUGCCUGCUGCUGGGCGCCGCGUCGGCACAGCCGCUGCCCGGCGGCCGGACGAACGCCACCGCGCUGGAGAGGCGCUGGGAGACGCUGUUCUCCCGCUCCGUGCUGGGGAUCUCCGGGGAGAAGCCGGAGCUCAACUGGGAGAGCGACUACCUGCUGGGCAUCAAGCGGGUGCGGAGGCUCUACUGCAACGUGGGCAUCGGCUUCCACCUGCAGGUGCUCCCGGACGGACGGAUCACCGGCGUGCACCACGAGAACCCGUACAGUCUGAUUGAGAUCUCCACGGUGGAGAGAGGAGUGGUGAGCCUGCACGGAGUCAAGAGUGACUUGUACGUCGCCAUGAACAGACGAGGGAGACUAUACGGGACGACAUUUUUCCACGAGGAAUGCAAGUUCCGAGAGAAGCUGCUCCCCAAUAACUACAACGCCUACGAGUCGCUGGCGUACAGAGGCUCCUUCGUGGCUCUCAGCAAGCACGGCCGCGUGAAAAGAGGCAACAAGGCCACCACUGCCAUGACUGUAACGCACUUCCUGCCCCGAAUAUGAACCCCCGUCCCCGUCCCUCCUUACCGAGCAAAGACUGGCAAUAACAAACGUAUUUGCACA